CCCCCCCCCCCUCCUCUCUCUCUCUCUCUCUCUGCUAUUAGUCAUGCCAUCUUUACAAUGGAAAACCAUGGCAUUGGCCUUCUUCGCUUUCUUUCUCCUAAUUUUUCCCUUGGAAGCCGAAGCUUCGGCGUUUGCUUUAGAUAAAAUCGUCCGACUCCCUGGGCAGCCCCAAGUCUGCUUCCAGCACUAUUCUGGGUAUGUGACCGUUGAUGAGAAGAACCCGAAGGCUCUGUUCUACUACUUCGUCGAAGCAGAAACAGACCCAGCUUCCAAGCCUCUCGUUCUCUGGUUAAAUGGAGGCCCUGGCUGUUCUUCUUUGGGGGUUGGAGCAUUCUCUGAAAACGGGCCGUUUAGGCCCAGUGGGAAGGUACUGGUCAAGAAUGAAUAUAGCUGGAACAGAGAGGCAAAUAUGUUGUAUUUGGAGACACCAAUUGGGGUUGGGUUCUCUUACUCCACCGACUCUUCCUUGUAUGGGACUGUAAAUGAUAAGAUCACAGCGAGGGACAAUUUGGUGUUCUUGCAAAAAUGGUUUGUCAAAUUCCCGCAAUACAGAAACAGAAGCCUGUUCAUCACCGGAGAGAGCUAUGCCGGCCACUACGUGCCUCAGCUAGCUGAGCUUAUUCUACAAUUCAACAAGAAGCAGAAGUUGUUCAAUCUACAAGGAAUUGCUUUGGGCAAUCCAGUUUUGGAAUUUGCGACUGAUUUUAACUCCAGGGCCGAGUAUUUCUGGUCUCACGGACUGAUAUCAGAUUCCACCUACAAAUUGUUCACUUCUGCCUGCAAUUAUUCUCGUUUCGUGAGCGAAUACUAUAGAGGGUCUGUGUCUCCAAGUUGUUCAAGAGUAAUGAGCUUAGUAACCAGAGAAACAAGUAGAUUUGUUGACAAGUAUGAUGUUAUCCUCGAUGUCUGUAUAUCGUCCGUGAUGUCUCAAUCCAAAGUCCUUAAUCCCCAACAAGUUACAGAGACAGUAGACGUAUGCGUGGAGGAUGAAAUUAUAAGUUACUUGAACCGGCCAGAUGUGCGGGAUGCGCUCCAUGCCCGGCUUGUAGGAGUUAACCGAUGGCUUGUUUGCAGCAACAUUUUGGAUUAUGAGUUGCUUGACCUGGAGAUUCCAACAAUCUCUGUUGUGGGAGAGUUCAUUAAGGCUGGAAUUCCUGUCUUGGUUUACAGUGGAGAUCAAGAUUCUGUUAUCCCAUUGACGGGAAGUCGCACAUUGGUUCACGGUCUGGCAGAAGAAUUAGGACUUAAAACGACGGUACCAUACAGAGUGUGGUUUGCAGGGAUGCAGGUGGGUGGCUGGACUCAAGUCUACGGUAACAUUCUUUCAUUUGCAACCAUCCGAGGGGCAUCCCAUGAGGCUCCAUUCUCUCAACCGGAGAGGUCGCUGGUGCUAUUCAAAGCAUUUUUGGAGGGCAGGCCUCUGCCGGAAGCAUUCUGAUGACACAACAUCGAUCUACCCAUCAUCAGCUCAAACUGAUGAAAAAGGAUUAAUAAGAUCUGUAAGUAAAAGUUGAGGGUUGAGAUUGAGAUUGAGUAUGAGAAUGAAAGAUGUAUUCUUUUGUUUGUUUGUUUGUUUGUCUGUCUGUCUGCCGGGUUUGACGUCAAAGCCAAGAACCUUGUAAAUAUUUUGAGAAGGGGGAAAGAGCAUUUUGUCA